UCUCCUCUACCAAACUGGCCAGCAGGUCAAGAUCUUCGUUCGACUUCUUCCCUCCAUUCUCAUCCUCUUCCUCGCUAGAAAAUCCUCCCGCCCAUAGAUCGUCUCCGUAAGCUGGAUCCAUCACAAAACAAAGAAGCGAACAUCAAGAAGCGAACAUCAAGAAGCGAACAUCAAGAAGGGAACAUGGCGCGGUUUUCCCGCCAACUGGUUUUACUAACGCGCAUGCGCCAACCCACUCCCACAAACAAUGGCUCAGCCGGUCGUCGGUCGAGGUGUUCCUAACACUGUCCGGUUAGCUCUGCUCCGCGGACGGGCCUGGGUGUCCGGUAGAUGGGUAGAAGCCGCGUCCGGUAAAACAUUCCCCGUCCUGAAUCCAGCCAAUGGCGAGCUCAUCGCAGAAGUUCCGGACAUGGGAGUUUCGGACACCGAGGAAGCCAUCGAGGCUGCCCACAAGGCUCAGCGGCAAUGGGCGGCCCUUCCCUGCAAGGUCAGUAGAGACAGACCUUCAAUUGGCUAACCCUCUGUAUUCAGGAGAGAGCGAAGGGACUUGGAAGAUGGUACGAUGCCAUUAUGGCCAACAAGGAGGAGCUUGCAAAGCUUAUCACCGUGGAGGCCGGGAAGGUGUUGAGAGAGUCACGAGGGGAAGUUGACUACGGUGCUUCCUUCAUCUCAUGGAAUGCAGAAGAGGCGAAGAGAAUAGAAGGAGAGGUGUUGUCUUCCCUCGUUCCGGGGAGGAGGACCCUGCUCGUUAGCCAACCGGUGGGCGUGGCAGCUCUAGUGACGCCGUGGAAUUUCCCGGUUGCCAUGAUAACUCGCAAGGCAGGCCCGGCACUUGCUGCAGGGUGUGCGGUGGUGGUGAAACCUUCGGAAGAGACUCCGUUUUCUGCUCUUGCUAUUGCCGAGCUGGCACAUGAGGCGGGGAUUCCCCCAGGUGUAUUCAACGUGGUGACGUCCAGUCGAGACUCCACCCCCUCGGUCGGGACGACUCUGGCCAGCAGCGAUCUCGUCCGUAAACUCUCCUUCACCGGCUCGACGACCGUUGGCAAGUUGCUGAUGGCUCAGUGUGCCAGUACAGUCAAGAAGGUGUCACUUGAACUUGGAGGAAAUGCUCCUCUCCUCAUAUUCAAUUCUGCCGACAUCGACCAGGCAGUUGCCGGGGCGAUGGCGAGCAAGUUUCGUAAUACCGGUCAGACGUGUAUCUGCACCAACAGGAUCCUUGUACAGCGAGGUGUCCACGACGAGUUUGUUGAGAAACUGGUUUCUGCCGUCUCGAAACUUGUUCAGGGAAACCCGUUUGACGAGUCAAGCCAGCAGGGGCCACUCAUUAAUGAGGCAGCUGCACAAAAGGUGGAGAAUCACGUGAAUGAUGCAGUGGAGAAAGGGGCGGAGUUAUUGGUGGGCGGGGCCAGAGCAGAGGAGCUGGGGUCGCUGUUCUUCCGUCCGUCUGUGGCGGUGGGUGUGUCUGGGGAGAUGAGGGUUACUUGUGAGGAGACCUUCGGACCACUUGCAGCUGUCAUGACCUGUAUUUCCGCAGUUUUGAUGAUGAGGAAGAGGGAAUUACGAUGGCAAAUGCAACACCCUUUGGCCUAGCUGGUUACUUCUACUCGGGGGAUCCAGGACAGAUCUGGAGAGUCAGCGAGGCCCUGGAGACCGGGAUGGUCGGGGUUAACGAGACGAUGAUUACAUCAGAGAAUACCAUAUUUGGAGGAAUGAAGCAGAGUGGACUGGGGAAAGAGGGCGGGAGGUACGGACUCCGCGAGUAUCUCGAGACCAAAUUUGUCUGUAUGGGAGGCAUCGCUGAAAGACCUGUAGACUAGAGUCUCUGUGGAUAUUAAUUUUAUGUCAUCUGAAACAUUUUGAGAAACAAAUGUGCGCAGAUGCGCAGGUUAAAAAAUUGGUGUUCUAUAUAAUUAUGCAGGAGCACACUGAU